CAGAGCAGUGCUUUUUACUGAAUCCCCCCAGCAAACAGGUGUUCCUCGAACAUGCCUUUCAAUCCUUGCGCCAAAUCCAGAACCUGGAACUCGAUGAUUUCAAUCAUGCUUUGACACAAUGCCGCCUUCACAAUGUCGAAAUUCGAGGUUAGCUGUUUGUACUACACUAAAGAAAGCUUUCACAUGCUACAGCAAAAGUCCUCCCAUCUACCUGGAUAGCAACAUUGUCAAGAUACAGUCGCGACAAACCACCUUCUACCAACUUCCGUUGUUACAUCACAACUUCACCACCACCUUCACCGCCAUGGAUAUAAAUCAUAGUAAUUUUUCCUAUAGAGACAGACUCCAAUCCAGUCCUCAAACAACGUUUCAACCACGUUGUUUAUCUCCAGCAAAUACUCAUAUACACAUUCGCAGGUUUUCAAACUCGACUACAAAUUGUCCUUCUCCUACAAGCACAAUCAGUACUCCCGUACCGCAACGUACCACGAUCCCGAAGAUGGCUUCCGUGGACUCCCAAGACUUCAAGCUUGCGCUAUCCAAGCAUAAUCUGACUUCCGACCAUCUCAAAAAGAUCCAUGAUCUACUUGUGGAGAUUGCCAUUGAUGGUGGCAAAAUCAUGGUGGCCGCCGAGCACUCAGUCCUUGCAGCGGCGCAGUACAAGAACAACACCUCCGACCUCGUCACCGAGUUCGACAAGCAAAUUGAGGACACGGUGGAAACCCGUCUGCGCAAAGAAUACCCGGUCUUUGGAUUUCUUGGAGAGGAGACAUUCAAGCAUGGCACCAAGCUUGCUGACACCCCUACUUUCGUCUGCGAUCCAAUUGAUGGAACACUCAACUUCUCCAAGGGUGUGCCCAACUGUGCUAUCUCUUUGGCGCUGACUCUUGAGAAGAAACCUAUCAUCGGCGUUGUAUACAACCCUUUCCGGGGCGACCUCUACCACGCGAUCAAAGGUCAGGGCGCCUACCUCAAGAACACGCUCAUCGGAACCGAAAUCAAACUUCCGAUCCAGCCUAUGCCCCCGCCAAUGCCAUCCCUGAAUUCAUGCCUCGUCGCCAUCGAAUGGGGAAACCAGCGCUCCGGCGAAAACUGGGCCCUCCGGACCUCCAUACAUAACAAGCUUCUCACUUCCAAGUCGGAAGGCGGAGCAAUGUGCAAGUCCGUCCGCACCAACGGCUCCGCUGCCCUAGAUUUCUGCUACAUCGCACAAGGCAUCAUCGAUGUCUUUUGGGAGGGCGGCGUCUGGAUCUGGGAUGUCUGCGCUGGCUGGAUCAUCUUGGAGGAGGCUGGUGGUAUUGUUGCUAGCGCUAACCCUGGUGACUGGGAUCCAUCUCUUGAGGGCCGCGUGUACUUUGCUGUUCGCCAUGCGAAGCCUGAGGAGCAGAAGGCUGUGGUGGAGGAACUGUGGGGUAUUAUGGGCGAUCGGAAGUUUGUCUUCUAGAAGGGAGAAUCAUCGAGCUGCAAAGAGGGUGGUUGAUAUCUGGUGUUGUGGGACUUGUGAUAAGUUGGUUUCAAGGGGUUCAUGACUCAUACAGAAUUUAAGAUACUGGUUAAUAUAUGGAUUGUUUUGAUUUAAUGCUCAUGAUUCUAAGAGGCU